ACAACAGACAUGUGGAUUCCCGUAGAGGUUGUUGGAGAGACCAGAAGUGCAGAGUUAACCAUCUCACCUGUACACAAAUGCAACUUUAAGUAAUUGUCCAUCCAUCACGAGGCAUCUCUUGUGUAAGAGGACGGAUAUGAAUCCCAUAGAAUUUAGAGAUGUUUCAUGCUCUCAACACUAACUAAUAUGUGUCCAAUCUAAUGAGCUAACCACAAAAACCCAACACCUCCUCUUUUUUUUUUUUUCAUUUUCCCUCCUACACCUCCCGCCAAUUCAGUUAACCGGUGAUAGCCGGUCACCUACCCAAAACGGAGACCGGUUAGAAGAAACAAACUCCUAAACUGAAUCCAUUUCCUUUCCUUUCAACUCAAAUCGUCUCGCCCACCAAAAUCUCGAAAACCCUAAAUAGUAGUAUCUCCGAUUCGCCAAAAGGAACUUCGGGGCUCUUUCUGGUUUCUCCGUAAUGAGCGCCAUCAACAUCACCAACGUCACCGCCUUGGAUAAUCCAGCGCCUUUUGUUAGCCCUUUUCAGUUCGAGAUCUCCUACGAGUGCCUUACCUCUCUCAAAGACGAUUUGGAGUGGAAGCUUAUCUACGUAGGCUCAGCAGAAGAUGAGACUUAUGAUCAAACUCUAGAGAGUGUGCUUGUUGGCCCUGUUAAUGUAGGCAACUACCGGUUUGUACUGCAGGCUGAUCCUCCGGAUCCAUCAAAGAUCCGUGAGGAAGACAUCAUAGGUGUGACGGUUCUGUUGUUGACGUGUUCUUACAUGGGGCAAGAGUUCUUGAGAGUUGGGUAUUACGUGAACAAUGACUAUGAAGAUGAGCAACUCAGGGAAGAGCCUCCGACUAAGGUUUUGAUUGAUAAAGUCCAGAGGAACAUUCUCUCCGACAAGCCUAGAGUUACUAAGUUCCCUAUAAAUUUUCAUCCAGAAGACGAGCAAACUGCUACCGCUCCUCCUCCUCCUGAACCAUCUGAUGAACAACAACCUGAUGUCAAUGACGUAUCUCAAGUUUCACCUGACCAGACACCAAAACCGCAGGAGUCUCCCCAGGAAUCAUGAUUCUUUCUUGAGUCAAAUGGUCUAAAAUUGGAUGAAAGAAAGAAAGAUUGUGUCCUUGUCCCCAAAGAUCUUGGGUUUUGCUUCUCUAUCUCCAAACAUUAUCUGCAAUUUUGCUGUACUUGUUUGUAAGAGGCUUUAGGGAAGUGGUUCUUGACAUGUUUGAAUGUUUUUGUUAUUGGGCAAAGAUUUAGUUGAAGCAAAGCCCACAUUUCGAAAAGAAGAUAAUGUUUCGAGUUUGAAAA